GCGGUGGCUGUACAAGCAAGCUUAUCCAACUUCACUCUCACAGUCCUGUAUGGUGUGAAUGGAGAUACCAUAUCUGAAAAGGCUCUUCCUUAUACCAUGGAUUUGGGACCCGGUCAGAAAGGAUGCUGGAGAGGACACUUGGAUGUAGCGCAGAAGAUGGUAAUGGAAAACAUCCAAACUGCUCUAGUCUUUGAGGAUGAUGCUGACUGGGAUGUGGCGCUUCAUGCUCAACUGAAAGAGGUGGCCAGGGGAACCCGAUGGUUGGGCGGACAAGAAGACAUAUCGACCCUUCCUCAUUCACCAUACGGUGACGAUUGGGACCUCCUCUGGCUUGGCCAUUGCAGUCUGCGUGCCGAUCGCAACGAUGACAGACGAUGGGUUAUUCCCAAGGACCCAACGGCGAUUCCACUUUCUGUUCGCCAAUAUCUUGAGAGCCCUCGGAUGGACAGAUGGACGUCUGGUCCUAACGCGGAUCCUCAGACGAGGCUUGUACUCAAAGCCGAGAACGGUGUCUGCGCCAACGGUUACGCGCUCUCUUUGGAGGGCGCUCGGAAAAUGCUUUAUCGUCUGAGCAUGAUGCCCUACAAAGAGCCUGUCGACGUAGGUAUGGGCAUGCUAUGUGAGAAUGCUGAAGGACUUGGCCUCAACUUCACUUGUAUCGCUCCUUUUCCCGAGAUCAUCGGAGUGUCACGCCCAGCGGGUCGUUCAAACCGGGGCAGUGAUAUCGAUCACUGGGCCGAGAAGAUCGCCACCAAAUCCUGGUCUGAGAGGGUGAUGUUUCCAGUCAGACAGAACAUCCCACAACUACUCAAUAGGGAAACCACUUUCAUUAGCAGCUACCCUGAUAUCACUGGCGCGACAAAGAACAUCGCGGAUCUCAGACAGUUCGAAGGUCAUGGUGAGCAUAUAGAUUUGGAGGCCGAGCGUCAAAUGAUCCAAGCGGAUAGGGAAAGAGCCGAAGCAGAAAGAGCGAAGGAUGAGGCAGCGAAGAAAGCGAUCAAGGAGAAACAUGAAGGUCUUUGUAAGCUCGCCGACUCUCAGGACCCCAGAACAUACGACUUGGAGGUGGUCGAAGCAGUCAAUCAUAGUCCUCAGGCGCGCAUCGCUAAGGUCUCAGCUCAUUUUGGUACCCAGGAUCCGGCCUAUGAGCAAGCCUUGCGGACACACUCGGACCAUGCGAAUCGCCAUGGGUAUUCUGUCCUCGAUAUGCGCUCCCAGAUCUUCGAUGCGCUCUGGAAUAAACCCGCCUACAUACUCUCUAUCAUACUAGCCGAGCUACAGAAACCGGAGGGGGACAGACUCGAAUGGCUAUUUUGGUUCGACCGCGACACAGUCAUCUUAAACCAGUGCAUGCCACUCCAUAUCUUCCUACCGCCUAGGGACAACAUCCAUGUCAUCAUUUCCAACGACUUCCAAGCUCUGAACAACGGUGUUUUUGCUGUUCGUGUGAGUGAAUGGAGUAUUCGUCUAUACGGUGCCAUCCUUGGAUAUCGCGAAUUGCGACCAGGCGAUGAUCUACCUUUCACCGAGCAGAGUGCCAUGGAACGUGUUCUUCUUGACGAAAGGUUCGCAUCAGGUGUUGCCUACUACCCACAAAGAUGGUUCAAUGCCUAUGGUUUCCAAGUCAAAGACGCCGACUUGCUUGUCCACUUUGCUGGGAUGGACACCAGAAAAGAGGAAAUCGUCAAGUGGAUUGACAAGACUGCUGCCAGUCCUGAAGUCUGGUCGAAGGAUUAUCGUUUGACCAAUCUGCCGCAGGAAAUAUCCCAAUACUGGGCCAAAUUUCCGCAAUCCCAAGAAUUCCUCAAAAGUGAGUAGAUAUUGGGCAUAACAUACUUUCGUAUAGUACAUAGAGUAGACACGUGAGCCAUAAUGGCUUGUAAUAUCGAAUUGCCGAC